AUGGCGGCUUACGAUCUGACGCCACGAAUUGCACCAAAUCUAGACCGCCAUUUGGUAUUCCCUCUGCUAGAAUUCCUUCAAGAACGUCAGUUUUACCCAGAUGAGCAGAUCUUAAAAGCCAAAAUCGAGCUUUUAAACAAAACGAACAUGGUUGAUUACGCUAUGGACAUCCACAAAAGUCUUUACCGCACUGAAGAUGUCCCUCAAGAUAUGAUUGAGAGGAGGGCAGAGGUAGUGGCAAGAUUGAAGGCAUUGGAGGAGGCUGCCGCACCACUGGUGGCAUUCUUGCAGAAUGCAAGUGCUGUGCAGGAGUUGAGAGCUGAUAAGCAGUAUAAUCUUCAGAUGCUCCAUGACCGUUAUCAGAUUGGUCCGGAUCAGAUUGAAGCAUUAUAUCAGUAUGCCAAAUUCCAGUUUGAAUGUGGAAACUACUCUGGUGCUGCUGACUAUCUGUAUCAAUACAGGGCCUUAUGCACUAACAGUGAAAGGAGUCUGAGCGCAUUGUGGGGAAAGCUGGCAGCUGAGGUACUGAUGCAGAGCUGGGAUAUUGCUCUUGAAGAACUGAACCGGUUGAAAGAAAUUAUUGAUUCAAAGAGCUUCUCAUCCCCUUUGAAUCAGGUGCAAAGUAGAAUAUGGUUGAUGCAUUGGAGUCUCUUCAUCUUUUUCAACAAUGAGAAUGGAAGGACACAGAUUAUUGACUUGUUUAAUCAGGACAAGUAUCUCAAUGCCAUUCAAACCAAUGCACCCCAUCUUUUGCGUUACCUAGCAACUGCCUUUAUUGUGAACAAAAGAAGAAGACCUCAAUUCAAGGACUUUAUAAAGGUUAUCCAGCAAGAGCAGCACUCUUACAAAGAUCCUAUCACAGAGUUUUUGGCAUGUGUCUAUGUUAAUUAUGAUUUUGAUGAGGCACAAAAGAAGAUGAAGGAGUGUGAAGAAGUGAUACUAAAUGAUCCUUUCCUUGGCAAACGUCUAGAAGAUAGCAACUUUUCUACUGUGCCGUUGAGAGACGAAUUCCUUGAAAAUGCUCGUCUGUUUAUCUUUGAAACCUAUUGCCGGAUACAUCAGCGCAUUGACAUGGGUGUCCUUGCAGAGAAAUUGAACUUGAAUUAUGAAGAAGCUGAGAGAUGGAUUGUAAAUCUCAUCCGUAACUCAAAGCUUGAUGCUAAAAUUGAUUCACAAUCGGGAACUGUUAACAUGGAGCCCAACCAUCCCAACAUAUAUGAGCAGCUGAUAGAUCACACCAAGGCACUGUCAGGCCGCACUUCAAAGUUAGUCAGUCAGAUUCUAGAGCAUGCACAGGCACAGGCUGCACGAUGA